AUGCCUUUCUCACAAGAUACUGCUCAGGUUGCCUCCCCGGCCGGUUCACUUACGCCAACUGAACCAGCCAUAUCCUUUACGGCCCGCGCUGCACCUGACGAACCCGAGACCGCUUCUCCCGAGCCUCGAUGGUCCCCAGCCGCUUCACUUGCGCCAACCGAACUGGCCAUAUCCUUUGCGGCCUCCACUGAACCUGAUGAACCCGAGACCGCUUCUCCAGAGCCGACCGCUUCUCCAGAGCUUCGAUGGUCCCCGGCCGCUUCACUUGCGCCAACUGAACCAGCCAUAUCCUUUGCGGGCCCCGCUGUACCUGACGAACCCGAGGCCCCUUCUCCAGAGCUUCGAUGGAUCCUGCACUUCAUAUACUCGUGGAAAGGAGAAAUGAAGAGCGUUGAUUGUUACGUCUGUGAAGGGCCGAAGAUCCCACUGAAGCAGAGCGAGGCCCUGUCCACUCCGGCCCUCAUCAUAUUCAGUAACGCACACGUUCUGUUCACUGAACCGUCCCCGAAUGACGCCUUUCGCGAGACACUUUUCCUCACCUCGAAGACACUAAGGGACUUCAGCAAGGAUAGCUGGGGCGCCGUGAAGCCCGACAACAUCAACAUCUCCCUAUGCAGUGUCGGUACGCUUCUCGGGGUGAAGACGUACAAGCGUACGAGGGCUAUACGCAGGGCAGCUCGAAAGAUCACGAAGGGCUGUAUGGACAUUUCAGAUGAUGACGGAGAAUGGGAUUGCACCGCGGAAGCUAAGGACCUUUGCGAGUGUAAAGAUUGCCUUGGACGUUAUGGGAGGCCAACUGGUGCUGGCAGUAAACGGGAGCUGGCGAUUGAUGAUGAGGAAAGGGAUCGGAUCGAAAACAGGACCGUUACAUUCACGCUGAAUGUCAGUUCCCCCUUUAUUGCCUCCUCGAUAAACCCGGCUUCACUACCGGAGAUAAGUGAGGAAGAUCAGCAACCUUCCAGCGAGGAUGGGGAUGAGGAUGAUGAGGAUCAGUGUGUCAUUGAGGAGACUGAUGAAAAAGGGCCGUCUGCAUUCCAGCCGGAAGGGAAUGAGACCGAUACCUCGGCCGAUCAAGCCUCCAGUGGCGGGGAGGAGGAGCAAGAGGGCGAGGAUGACGACGAGGUCAAGGAGAUCUCCCCGGGUGUUGCGAGCCGCUUUACACGUGAGGUGUCAGUAGCAAACCCGGGUGGUUUACUUGGUGAUAUAGUAGUGGAACGAAAGAAGCUGAGACGAAACCAAGAGUAUAGUCUGCGGAACUAUACGUAA